CUGUGACAAUCUUAGUGAUCUUAAUUCCUUUGGCGCAAUAGUAUCGCGCAUGGAUAUCUCGUCCUUUGAGAUGCUACCCAAAAGCGACAGUAUCUGAACGGCCAGGUCUCACGUUUUCGCAGGAAACAUUUAGUCUCAAACGAAAAAGGCGGCGCCACAUUCUCAACUUUUUAAGACACUCUAAACUUGCCAAGAGAACGUUGAGAUUUUGGUGUGUUCACAUAUGGUCGAUCUAAAUCGCAUUAUAUAUUUCAUUUCGUUUUCAGCACUUAGGUCACCUGCAUUUCCUAUCAACGUCGACGCAAACACUUUUGAAUAGAUUUCUUUAUUUGAUUUUCUUUAUUUUUUGUUCAAAAUCUCCUCGCAAAAAAUUCCCCGUGGGAUCUCGAGCACCUUCUUCUAAGCACAUAUACCUUCAAACACAAUGGCAGAGAAAAUUAUACAACUAGAGCCGACGAUGGAACAACAACCACUUGCUAUUCCGCAAGACCAACAGCCUCAGGAGCAACAGCCGCCACAAUCGAGCUAUUCUAGCCCUGACGUCGUUGAGCAGUCAGAAUGGUCAAAUAGUGUCUGGAAUUGCUUCUCUCCAAGCUCACUUUGUCUCAAAGCGUUCUUCUGUCCAUGUUUUGUUUAUGGCAAGACUCAAUAUCGGAUGAACAAAGAUCCCAAUCUCACGGGAUAUUCACGAUUUAAUAAUGACUGUUUUAUAUGGGCGGGGGCUCAAUGGUGCGGUCUAGGAGCCAUAUUCACCAUUCUUCAACGUCGCCAGAUUCGAACAGAAUAUGGGAUUGGAAAAGCAGGAGAGGGAGAGAUUAAGGACAUAGCUUUGAGUUGGUGUUGUCAUUGUUGUGUUCUGAUGCAACAGGAGAAGGAAGUCAUUAUGAGAAACCAGGGUAGUGAUGUUUUUUCACAGGGUUAUCAGAGGACGGAACCAAUGGCGAUGGCACAAACCGAUUGAUGAUAGAGGGGCUCUGGCAGGACGGCAA